CUCCCGUGAUAGAAAAACAAACCAGAUCGCCAUUUCCAGCGCUCGGAGUGCUAUCACUGAAACGCGCGGAAGGCUGACAGAACUAGGUCACGAGACGGAUAGUGAAAAUACGCGAACUCAUCUUCUGCAAAACGAGAAAUUUGGAUCAAUAAAAUAUCGUUGGCCAAAUCUCGCAUCAAUAUAGACUAGAUCCUAAUGCGCCCGAUCAGCUGGCCUGCGCGAAUGAGGUUUUCAAGUUGUGCUAGUCCAGGUUGAUGUGAAAGUGAUCGUUCUUUUCCACUGAAGCUGAUUGUAAACACAACGAACCAGCUAGCUAACCAGAAUGAAGAGAGGUCUAAAAGGUGAUGAGGACGACGGCAGUACAUCCAUGGAGGGACCAGCAGAGACCGGCAAGAGGAUGCGGCAGCUGGACGCAGAGCCUGACGAGGGGGUCUCCGACUGGGGGUGCCUACCCCAGGAGAUUCUGAUGCACAUUUUCCAGUACCUGCCUCUGCUCGACCGCGCCUACGCGUCCCAGGUGUGCCGUGGCUGGAACCAGGCCUUCCAUAUGCCCGAGCUGUGGCGGUGCUUUGAGUUCGAGCUCAACCAACCCGCCAGCUCUUACCUGAAGGCCACCCAUCCGGAUCUGAUCAAACAAAUCAUCAAGAGACACUCAAACCACCUGCAGUAUGUCAGCUUCAAGGUGGACAGCAGCACUGAGUCCGCAGAGGCAGCCUGCGAUAUCCUGUCACAGCUGGUGAACUGCUCUCUUAAGACCCUCGGCCUCAUCUCCACGGCAAGGCCCAGCUUCAUGGAAUUACCAAAGUCUCAUUUCAUCUCCGCCCUGACGGUGGUGUUCGUCAACUCCAAGUCGUUGUCGUCUCUGAAGAUCGACGACACCCCGGUGGACGACCCGUCGCUGAAGGUCCUGGUGGCCAACAACAGCGACACGCUCAAGCUGCUGAAGAUGAGCAGCUGCCCUCACGUUUCCCCCGCUGGCAUCCUGUGCGUGGCGGACCAGUGCCACGGCCUGCGCGAGCUGGCGCUCAACUACCACCUGCUGAGCGACGAGCUGCUGCUGGCGCUGUCCUCGGAGAAGCACGUGCACCUGGAGCACCUGCGCAUCGACGUGGUGAGCGAGAACCCCGGGCAGACGCACUUCCACGCCAUCAAGAAGAGCAGCUGGGACGCCAUGGUGCGCCACUCGCCCAAGUUCAACCUGGUCAUGUACUUCUUCCUGUACGAGGACGAGUUCGGGCCCUUCUUCCGCUACGAGAUCCCCGUCACGCACCUCUACUUCGGGCGCUCGGUCAGCAAGGAGGUGCUGGGCCGGGUGGGGCUGACGUGCCCGCGCCUGGUGGAGCUGGUGGUGUGCGCCAACGGGCUGCGGCCGCUGGACGAGGAGCUGAUCCGCAUCGCCGAGCGCUGCCAGCAGCUGUCGGCCAUCGGGCUGGGCGAGUGCGAGGUGUCGUGCGGCGCCUUCGUGGAGUUCGUCAAGAUGUGCGGGGGCCGGCUCUCGCAGCUGUCCAUCAUGGAGGAGGUGCUGGUGCCCGACCACAGGUACAGCCUGGACGACAUCCACUGGGAGGUGUCCAAGCACCUGGGCCGGGUCUGGUUCCCCGACAUGAUGCCCACCUGGUGAAACCGCCCUGCGGAUCACCCCCCCCCCCACCCCUGUCCCCAACCCCCUUUCCU